AUGAGCGAUCCACCUCCCACUCCCACUACUCUCCCUACCCCCACCACCAUCUUCCCUAAACCAGCUGUUCUCCCUGCCAUCACUACCUUGCCUUCUACCAUCAAUCUCCCAACCUCAUCCCAAUUUAACCCACCUUCUCUUGUAAGUUCCCUACCUAACCAAAAACCAUAUUCCUUGGCUCGAAAAUCGGCUAAAACUUCAGAAGCUAAGCCCACCACUGACGAGCUAUCCUCUGAACCGAAGUUUUUAACUUCUGAACAAUCAAAACCUACUCUUGUCACCACUCCCCACGCUUUUCAGGAUGACCAGUAG